AUGGGUAAUUGCAACAUCUAGAACAAUGAAAUGCAGGAUGAAUCAAGUAACCUAUUCAUAUAAUUCAGAUCUUUCAUCUAAUAAUUUUGAAUUUUAAGAAUUAUUAGGUUAAGGUAGUUUUGGAAAAGUUUGGAAAGCCUAGAGAAAAAAGAACAAAGAACUAUUUGCCAUCAAAAUUAUGGAAAAAGAAUUGUAAAAUUAAAAUAAUAACAUAGAAUAAUAAAGAAAAAGUACACUUCUGUAGUUAUGAACGAAAAAAACAUACUUACUUCGAUUCGACAUCCAUUUUUAGUAAAUUUGAUAGCUGCUUUCCAAGAUAAAAAAAGAUUAUAUCUAACUCUUGAUUUAUUGACAGGAGGAGACUUAAGAUAACAUUUAAAUUAUAAUAAAGUGUUUUCUGAAGAGUAAACAAGUAAUUUAUUUAUCCUAAGAAAGAAUUUUUCAUUGCUUGUAUAAUAGUAGCCUUAGAAUAUCUUCAUUCAUAGGGAAUUAUUCAUAGAGAUAUUAAACCUGAAAAUUUGGUGAUGGACAAUAGAGGAUAUCUUAGAUUAACAGAUUUUGGUUUGGCUACUAUAUGGAAACCUAAUAAUUGUUAAGAAAUAAGUGGAACUUUGGGUUAUGUUGCACCCGAAAUUAUGUACAAGCAAAACCAUGGAAUAGCUGUUGAUUAUUUUGCUUUAGGUGUCAUAGCUUAUGAAUGUAUGUUGGGGAAAAGACCAUAUAUAGGAUCAAAUGCAAAUUAAAUUAGGGAUUUAAUGUUAUCUAAACAAGUGUAAAUUAAACGAUCUUAAUUACCAAUAGGCUGGACUAUCGAAGCUGGAGAUUUUAUUAAUUAAGUAUAAUUUAUAACUAAAAUUUAGCUAAUUCAAAGAAAACCAGAAAAUAGACUUGGUACUUAAUCACCAGAGGAUGUUAAAAAUCAUAGAUGGUUUAAAAAUUUUGAUUGGAAAAAAUUACAAUCUAAAAUUAUGGUCUCACCUUAUCAACCAAAAAAGAAAUUUCAUCCUUGUGAACGCAAUUAUGAAUGCAAUCAAAGCACAAAAUUAAUAAACAAUAAAAUUACAAAUGAUUAACUUUAAUAAUGUAUUAUCAAAUUUAAACAUUUAGCUUAAUUUGAAGGGUAUUGUUUUGAAGCUGAAUAUUUAAAGAACAAUGUGUGA